AUGUGUGGUCCAGACACUUGCACUAAACCUCGAGGCGGCGCACUAGCAGUCCUCGACCACCCAUUUAGUCAACUUGAAGCAACGGGAACGAGCCCAAGGCUGCGAGGAGAUCUUGCAUUUCACACUCCCGGAAAACCAUCAAGCCCUUUCGCAACACAUGCAAGGAUCACAGGCGGGGACGACUGCGAUCUACAGUCUUUGGCUGAUAUGGUAGUUGUUAUUCAUGAGUCUGGGGAUCUUACUCAAAAACCCGAAGACUGUGGUCUUUUUCACCGAAUCGCGUUUUCUGGUGCCUCCCUCCUCGAAAACGGCUCGACAAUGGAGUUGGCGCUUCAGAGACCGAUCUCACUCCAAGUAGGUGAUGAUGGCAUUAUCGGACGGAGAGUCUCGGUAUUCCCCAAAUCGGGAAUGGAGAAUGCUUGCGCAGAGGGCAUUGUUGGUUUCAACUUUGUGAGCUCUCUUUGA